GUUUCGUAGUUCUCGCUGUGGUGAGAGGACAGCUUUUGUUGGGUUGGAGUACCAAUACCAUUUUCCCCAUCACGAAGAAACCAAAAAGAUUUUACAAGGCAAAUAAAUACGGUAUUAUUUACCUGUGGAAAAAACCAAGCUCUUCGCCCCAGUACAAAAUACAUGGUUACAAAAUCUCAACAACGCUACAAACAAUUAAGGUACAAUUUCCAAAUCUCGAGUGCAAGUAAGAGGAUUUCCAUAAAACCAGAGAGUGUUUAGAAAUUCUACCGUCGUUUGAACCUGGUACAAAAAAAAUAUUAUUUGGCUCGAGAAACUUAUUAGUGUUUUGUUUCAGUGUGAAGUUAAAUAAGGGAAAACCAAUUAAUGAAGGAAUUGUGAUACAGUUUGAGAAUGGGAAAUGAGAGAUUUCUGUGUAAACCUUUGUGAGUGACAGAACAAACUAAACUGGUUAUACGGUGUACAAAAACUCGUGAGGGUAUAGUGUCAGUUAACAGCACUAUCGUCGUUUGACCGUCUAAAUACACACUGCCAAUUGCUUCACAACAAUACACAAAAACAUUAAUAACGACAGGGUAAAAUCGAUGAAAAUUGUGCAAUCGACGCGGCCAAAAUCACCCCACUAACGCACUUCAACAAGGCUUUGUGUCGAGAGUAUUAACCUGCCCCUGGGUUUAUUGCGUUAGUUUUUCAGGCAGAGUAAAAUAGCCAAAAGACGGGUAGUGUAUAUCUUUGAUGAAAUUAUUUGUUUCGAGUGCUGCCCAGUGCGUGAGAACAGGAUAAAGUUGGGAAGAAGAGAGUACUUGAAAACAGUGUACAUAACUGAAAACAGAGGAAACUGAAGAGUGUAAAAUUAGACUAAUUUAAUCUAAUAUAGUUUGGUAUGGUAUGUGACAUUAGUGUAACAUAAUUAUAACAUAAUUAUUCAUAAGUUCUGAAGUUUUGGAUUAAGAUAAAAUUGAAGCACUAUUUCCCUGGUGAAAGCUGGAAAUUGUAGCAGCCGGAGGGAAAUUUUUGGAUGGCGCAACCAUCUGGAUGAAAACGGGGGAUGGUUCAACACCACUUUGGAAACUUGCCUACUUGAACCACUUUGUGUAAACUGACUCCACAGAUAGAAGACUUGCCAGUGACAAACCAACGUAUAAAUUCACUUUGCUUAUCAUUCCAACAAGGCUACCACCACCACCACUGCCAUUGUCCUAAACUCUGUCUCACUGACCCGCCUCACAAAGUGGACAAUCGGUACCCUGCCAACUUUCACCGAAUCAAUAAAACACCUGCGACAAAGCAAGUGGUGUCUGUAGUAGUGCCGUGAAUGUGCGGGCGUUUGUCUGUCUGGCUGUCUAUAUAUAUACAUACGCAAAAUGAUAACAUGCAGAACGAUUGUUGAUUGAUAUCAGGAGUUGGCCGGACUCGGAGGUAGGUGAUCAAAGGGCAGACAUUGUUUGUAGAAAUUCCUGCUUACAUAACGGGGUCGAAUUACUAUACAAAAACAGUGUUUAUCAAACAUAUGUCUCCCUUUACCCCACUAUUAGUUACAUAUUCGUCUCCCUGCAUUACAUAGAUACAUAAUAAUAGCAAGUAAAUAACAGUGGUAGCACUGCCAGUGCAUUUGUGGAAAGUGUGUUUUUUUCUGAAACGAAUUUCGCCCAUACAGACAACAUGGAUGAUCUUAUUUAGCAUGAGUGUUACUGAUGUGAGCAAUUGUUUUACUAAUUAGUGAAGAACAACUAUGGCAGCGUUAAAGUUAUCCUGUGCUUCUCGUGCCACGCUGCUCUUCGUUCUAUUCACUCUUCACACACCAUCAGGCAGUGCUGGACGGAUUUUCGACGUGCAAUCGAUCCAGACGGACACGGUGGUGACGGAGGCGGGUUCGAACUUGACAUUGGCAUGUCCAGGUGCGACGGAGCACUCGUUGGUGAGCGUUCUCGAGUGGUAUUGUCACGGCUGUUCAUCUGCUGGUGUGCUGCAACAACCGUCCUCUUCUCAUCCAGGGGAUGUCAAGUUGGUGGAGCUGCGACGGGACAGCACGACAGUUUGGCAAAAUCGGGAAAGGGUGACUCUCAACUCGGAGACGUAUGCCCUUAAUUUCCACCCCGUUGUAGCAGGUGAUACUGGAGAAUACAAAUGUCUCGUGAAUGACAGACGACUUCCAGAAUCUAUCCUCAAACUCGUUGUUCAAGGAAGACCCGAACCCCCCGGCAGGCCUCUCAUCCUCGCCUUCACAUCCAGAGCCGUGAACCUCUCAUGGGCACCUCCUCUUGACACCCACAAUAGUCGGAUUACUCAUUAUAUCAUCCACACGAGAGUUGGAGAAGAUGGCCAAUGGGAUGAGGCAAGUGGAACAGUGACAGAAAACAACCGAACAAGCUAUCAGGUGACGGGAUUGCAACCAUUCAUCGUCUACAGUUUUCGAGUGGCAGCCGUCAAUGCGUUGGGGAAAAGUCCACCUAGCAAAGAAUCCUACUACAUUGUCACUCUCCGAGAAAUUCCUGAUGGGAAGCCGACUAUAACUGCGGCCCAAAAUGCGAGCUCCACGUCGAUCCGCCUGGCGUGGCGUCCUCCCCAGAGGCACACGAUUCACGGCGAGUUCAUCGGCUACCGGUUGGCCUUCAGACCGCGUGACAAAGGAGUCGACUCGAUCCAGGAAAUUUAUCUUCGCGACCCCAACAUCGAGUCGUACAUUAUACAAAAGUUGAUGACUUUCACCCAGUACCUCGUCUCGCUUCAAGUGUUUAAUCCGGAAGGGCUUGGUCCACCGACCACUGUGGCCGUCAUUACGGACGAAGGAGUUCCAGAUAAACCCUCGAAUUUGAGUGUGGCAUGGGUUACGGAUUCAAUGAUGGAAUUGUCAUGGUCUGAACCCUUGAAACCCAACGGGAAAUUGGAAGGAUACCGAAUUUUCUAUAUGCAGAACAACUUUACGGACGUGGUCACGGUGAAAAGUCCGACUGAACAUAUGAAAUUUGCAUUGAUGAACUUGGCGGCAUACACCGAGUACACAAUUUGGCUGAAAGCAUUUACAUGGAAAAACGAAGGCGAAUCAUCUGCAACAAUUGUCGUCAAGACGGACGUGCGUGGACCAUUUCCUCCUCGUAUUGUAAAUGUCUCAUGUCUUUCAGAGGAUGCUUUGUACAUUGCAUGGAAUCGUCCCACAAAAUUCUACAACACGAUCGACUUUUACUAUGUGGACUAUCGAAGUGACCAAUGGCGAGAUUUUGAAGAACUUACUGUCAAUGCCCAUGCAGAUCAACCUGAUCAUUCGAUAACUCUUCAGAAUCUCACAACGAAUGUAAUGUACGAAAUUCGAGUUAGAGGUGGAACUCGCAGCGUACUGGAAACCGAUAAAGUUUUCAAAGGACAGUACUCUGACUCCAAGCGGAUUUUACUUCAACAAAAUUGUGAGAAGACUCGAACUGUGACUCCGCUUCGUUCCGUCACGGAGUUUACUCCACAAGUUAUAGCAAUCGCUAUCUGUGCGUCAUUCGUGCUAAUCUUGAUGCUAAUUGCACUUGUAAUUUGGAGGCGAUGCUUCCAAGGUGCAUACUACUACCUUGAUGAUCCUCCAAGGAUCCCACCACUUGUCGGAGGUACUGGAUGGGACGGAGAUACUAAUGAUGAACUUAAACGAGCAAUUCCAGCGCACCUCUUUUCCAAACACGUGUCCGAACUACAUGUGGACGGCGAUAUAGGAUUCUCGAAAGAAUAUGAGCUGAUUCAAUCUUGUUCUGUGCAGGAUGAUUUUUCAUCAGAACAUUCUCAACACCCAGAUAACAAGCAAAAGAAUCGCUACUUGAAUAUCGUUGCAUAUGAUCACACUCGGGUACGACUGCAGCCAAUGCCUGGUCAGAAGAAAUGCAUUGAUUACAUCAAUGCUAACUACAUUGACGGAUUCCGGAAUGCCCAAGCCUACAUUGGAACUCAAGGACCCCUUCCUUCCACCUUUGAUUGCUUCUGGAGAAUGGUGUGGGAACACAAUGUCCACAUUAUUGUUAUGAUUACAAAUUUGGUGGAGAGAGGAAGAAAAAAGUGCGACAUGUAUUGGCCAAAGGAAGGAAUCGAAACUUAUGGAGUAAUUCAAGUACGACUUGUGAAGGAGGAAGUAAUGGCCACGUAUAUUGUGAGGACAUUCCAAUUGAAGCACUUAAAGCUCGGCGGAAACAAGAACAAACUCUGUAAAUUCCGAUCCUGUCAAGUUUACCAUUACACAAAUUGGCCCGAUCAUGGCACUCCAUCCCAUCCUCUUCCCGUUCUGAGCUUCGUUAAAAAGUCAGCAGCAGCCAAUCCAGUGGAUGGUGGUCCGAUCAUCGUUCACUGCAGUGCUGGAGUCGGUAGAACUGGAACAUACAUAGUUUUAGAUGCGAUGCUGAGGCAAGUUCAAUCUAGGGGAGACUUAAACAUCUUUGGAUUUCUCAACCACAUUCGGACUCAGAGAAAUUUCCUGGUCCAAACUGAGGAACAAUACAUUUUCAUUCAUGACGCUCUAUUGGAAGGCAUUGAAAGCGGAGAAACAAACGUGAACAAAACUUACUUGUCGCGGUACCUACACAGUCUUCUUUCUAGCAGCUACGCGGAUGAAAAAUCUGAAGUUUCUAGUCUACUUGAGAGGCAAUACAAGCUCGUCACUCAGUUUACUCCCAAAGAUUUUAAUUUGGCAUCUGCUCUCAAAGCGUCUAAUCUUACAAAGAACCGGAACUUGGACUGUGUUUGCACUGAUACAUACAGGGUUGCCCUUACCCCCAAACCGGGUGUAGAAGGCAGUGACUACAUUAACGCCUCCUUCUUUCCCGGAUACCACCGUUUGCAAGAGUUCAUUAUCACUCAGCAUCCACUGGAAGCUACAACUCCAGAAUUCUGGCAAAUGCUGUGGGAUCACAAUGUUCAAAUGGUAGUCGUCCUCUCUGUAAUUGACAACCAGGAAUACGGCACAUUCUGGCCUCCACAAGGAGAAGAUAUGGACUUUGACACGUUCCGAGUCAAACUUGUCCAAGAAUCCGACCAAGGAUGUUUUAUCAUUCGGGACUUUUCUAUUCAAUCAUUGCAGGAUGAUUACGAACUGAGCAUUAAAAUGGUCCAGUGCUCCCAUUGGCCGCAUACCAUGAUCUCUCCUUCGUCCGCUGUCUUUGAGCUUGUCACUUUCACACAAGAGUCACUCCGGGAGUCUUCAUCUGGUCCAAUCGCUGUGCUUGACAGAUUUGGUGGAACGGAAGCAGCUACAUUUUGCACUUUGACAACACUAGUGAAACAAAUGAAUUUGGAAAGUCAUAUUGACGUCUACAUGUAUGCAAAGCUCUAUCACGAACAAAGACCUGGAGUCUGGAAAAAUCUGGACGAUUAUCUUUUCCUUUACCGUUGUAUGGAAGCACUCACCUGUACGAGCAACGGAAUUCCUCACACUCCAACUAGUCCUUCGCCAUUACUUCCACCCUCAGGCACAGACCCAUUUAUUACAACAACGCCAAACAUUCUCCCCCCAAACGGUCACAUGAACGGAAGAAUAAUUCAUAACGGGAACGGAACAGUCAGAGUUCCACCUGAUGGGAUGGAAACCGUCGACCACUCCGGUGAUCCCAUGGUGUAACCCAUGUAGUAGUGCAAAUUCCUCAUUUGUGCAGCUUUAUGUGUUUUAUAUUAUAUGGCCAUAUGGACAACAAAGCAAGUUGCUCUUCCCUGUGAUAUAUAACUUAGACUGUGGUUUGUGCGUGGUCUCCCGUGUCCUAUAGGCCACCCCCUGCUUAAAAACGUCAAGUCACUCGUCUCCUUCUUAGUGCUAUUCCGUUCAAGUCAGCAAAAUUGGAUUCAUUGAUUGAUAUUUAUAGGCGAUAUUGAAGAAGCUCACUUCACUGCGAUGUGUAAUCCCCGGUUGUCGAUCCAAAAUUCGAGUUACUUAUUGCAAUCUGACGACUCUAUUAGGUUCCUACCAUUGUGACACUUUUCUAUCACAUAAAAUCAGUAACUUGUAUGUACUUGCUUGCAAAUGCACAAUCACCCGUUGUGUGUAGUUACUACAUAUGCACUUUAUACAAACGGAACUGUCAGCAAUGCAUGUCAGCAUGGCGUAAAAAUAUUUAUUUUUAAUUGUAUCAAAUGAUGAAACAUGAGAUUUAUAUAUUCUCAAACACAAAAUUAUUACCUAUGUAUGUACCCAGGUACGAGUAGAUGUGUAUCUGGGUUUGUAUAGUAGUUUCGAAUUUACAUACUGUGCGUGUAUGUGAACAAAACGGUAACAACUUUCAGUUAAAUAUUUCUCAAUAUUCACUAUUUAAAGCUGAUGUUGUAUUGUCUAACUGAAGAAGACAACGGAAUAAUUCUGUGAACAUCAAUUUUUUUGCUGUUUCUUAAAAAAUAAAAUUAUCUGGCCGAGUAAGAACAACUCGAUAAAAUAUUUUUUACCCUGCCGAGAAUUAAUGUAAAUUUAGAACGAACUUAAUCUAAAUUUAAGUUAAGUACAUUUUCUUACCAACUUCGUCUAAGUCUUAAAUGCUCGAUAAAGCCCUAAAUCAGUGUAUAAUUAUUCAUGCUUGCGUAGCAUCUAAACGCGUAAUUGUUUUCUGGAGUCAACUAAAUUAAGCAGAAAGAAAACUACGUUAUUAUUAACAUAUAUAUUAUGUCAAGUGAUUUGAUUUAUUAAUAAGUGUGUAAUUGCAUGACACAAUGAUGACAAAUUGCUUAGUAUUAUAUAAGAAGAAAAAAGUCUGUCAUGUCGCUUACAAAAUAUUCCAAUAGUUGUUAACGUUUAUCUGUUAUUUAAUCAUUGCAUUCUGUUACUGUUUAACAUGCCAGCGGAAAGAAAUAUAACAGCGUCCAUGUUAUAUUGCAACUUGUACAUAAUCCUAUAUAUUUAUCAUAGUAAUGUAUCUCCAUAUUAUGUGCAAACUAAACCCGUUGCUUCGACCUACAACACUUUAUUUAUAUCGUUUUUUAUCAAUUCUUAUACAAAUGUGUUCUGUUGCUUAUUAAAUCAAGGUAUUCAAUGUGUAU